UAUGAACAUUUCAGAGAUCGUUUCGUGUUGACUGGAAAAACAUUUACACGCGCCCAUCUCUAUUCACAUUUUCUGUUUUCCUCUCCAGUUUCACCAUGUCCGGCUCCGGCGCGAAUCCCUUUGCCCAGUUCAAGGCAUCCUUCACCCAGGACGGAACGGUCUAUAACUAUUUUGAUCUUCCCUCCAUUGACAGCAAAUAUGAUUUGCUGCCCUUUUCCAUUCGCGUCCUGCUGGAGUCCGCGGUGCGCAAUUGCGACAACUUCCACGUGCUGGAGAAGGACGUGCAGAGCAUUCUGGCAUGGACACCCUCGUUGAAGCAGGGAGCCAGCGACGUGGAGGUCUCUUUCAAGCCAGCACGAGUUAUUUUGCAGGACUUUACUGGUGUGCCCGCCGUUGUGGAUUUUGCUGCCAUGCGGGAUGCGGUUCGCGAACUGGGCGGUAAUCCUGAGAAGAUAAACCCCAUCUGCCCCGCCGAUCUGGUCAUCGAUCAUUCCGUACAGGUGGAUUUUGCCCGUGCCUCCGACGCUUUGGCCAAAAACCAGUCCCUCGAGUUUGAGCGCAACAAGGAGCGCUUCACAUUCCUGAAAUGGGGCGCCCGCGCCUUUGACAACAUGCUGAUUGUGCCACCCGGCUCUGGCAUUGUUCAUCAGGUUAAUCUGGAGUACCUGGCGCGUGUCGUUUUUGAGAGCAACGAUGCAGAUGACUCAAAGAUCCUGUAUCCGGACAGCGUCGUCGGAACAGACUCUCAUACCACCAUGAUCAACGGUUUGGGUGUUCUGGGCUGGGGCGUCGGAGGCAUCGAAGCAGAGGCCGUAAUGUUGGGUCAGUCCAUAGCCAUGUUGCUGCCCGAAGUGAUUGGCUAUAGGCUGGAGGGAAAGCUGGGCCCCCUGGCCACUUCUACCGAUCUGGUGCUGACCAUCACCAAGCAUCUGCGCCAGCUGGGCGUGGUGGGAAAGUUCGUGGAGUUCUAUGGCCCCGGAGUGGCGGAGUUAAGCAUCGCCGACCGAGCCACCAUCAGUAACAUGUGUCCGGAGUACGGAGCUACAGUUGGCUACUUCCCCAUCGACGAGAAUACGCUCAGCUAUAUGCGCCAGACCAAUCGCUCCGAGAAGAAAAUUGACAUUAUUCGACAGUAUCUGAAGGCUACGCGUCAGUUGCGCAAUUAUGCUCUCGAAGAUCAGGAUCCUAGGUAUACUGAGACAGUCACCCUGGAUCUGUCAACGGUGGUCACCUCGGUUUCGGGACCCAAGCGACCACAUGAUCGUGUGUCCGUUUCCAGCAUGUUCCAGGACUUCAAGUCUUGCCUCACAAGUCCCGUGGGAUUUAAGGGCUUUGCCGUGCCCUCAGAGGCGUUGGCUGCCAGCGGCGAGUUUCAGUGGGACGAUGGCAAGAGCUACAAGAUAGGUCACGGCUCGGUUGUGAUUGCAGCCAUCACGUCCUGCACGAACACCUCGAAUCCCUCGGUGAUGCUGGGGGCUGGUCUUCUUGCCAAGAAUGCUGUACAGAAGGGCUUAAGUAUCCUGCCGUACAUCAAGACCUCUCUCUCGCCCGGAUCCGGUGUGGUCACCUACUAUCUGAGGGAGUCGGGAGUGAUUCCAUAUCUGGAGCAACUGGGCUUUGACAUCGUUGGCUACGGCUGCAUGACUUGCAUCGGCAACUCCGGUCCGCUAGAUGAGAAUGUGGUGAACACCAUCGAGAAGAACGGCCUUGUCUGCUGUGGAGUGUUGUCUGGCAACCGUAACUUUGAGGGACGCAUCCAUCCAAAUACCAGAGCUAACUACCUGGCCAGUCCAUUACUGGUCAUCGCAUACGCCAUUGCCGGGCGCGUGGACAUUGAUUUCGAAACAGAGCCACUGGGCGUGGAUGAACAUGGCAAGGAAGUGUUUCUCCGCGAUAUCUGGCCCACGCGCAGUCAAAUCCAAGAGGUGGAGCACAAGCAUGUCAUUCCGGCCAUGUUCCAGGAGGUGUACAGUAAGAUCCAGCUGGGCUCCCAGGACUGGCAGACGCUUGAGGUGUCCGAUGGCAAGCUUUAUCCCUGGAGUGGAGUAUCCACUUACAUCAAGAGGCCGCCCUUCUUCGAGGGCAUGACCCGGGAGCUACCCAAACUGAAUAGCAUCGACAAGGCUCGCUGCCUGCUCCUGCUGGGUGACUCUGUGACCACCGAUCAUAUCUCACCGGCGGGCUCCAUAGCUCGCAAGUCCCCGGCAGCCCGUUACCUGGCGGAACGAGGUCUGACGCCCCGUGACUUUAACUCGUACGGCUCCAGGCGAGGCAACGAUGCGGUAAUGGCACGUGGCACCUUCGCCAAUAUCCGGUUGGUCAACAAGCUGGCCUCCAGAACUGGACCAAACACACUGCAUGUACCUAGUGGCGAGGAGAUGGACAUCUUCGAUGCGGCGGAGAGAUAUCGAGAGGAGGGAACACCACUGGUGCUGGUGGUGGGCAAGGACUAUGGCAGCGGUAGCUCCCGCGACUGGGCUGCCAAGGGACCGUUCCUGCUGGGCAUUAAGGCGGUGAUCGCAGAGUCAUACGAGCGCAUUCACCGAUCCAAUCUGGUGGGCAUGGGCAUAGUCCCGUUGCAGUUCCUGCCCGGACAGAGCGCUGAAACGUUGAAGCUCAGCGGCCGGGAGGUUUUCAACAUUGCCCUGCCCGAGGGCGACCUGAAGCCGGGCCAGGUGAUCCAGGUCGAGGCCGAUGGCAAUGUAUUUGAGACGACGCUGCGCUUCGACACAGAGGUGGACAUUACUUACUACAGGAACGGUGGCAUCCUCAACUACAUGAUCCGCAAGAUGCUGGACUAACAUUCGUUUCUUAUAUAUUCCAUGUGCAUUUCUUACCAACUGUUAUUUGUUUUGGUGUGAUGAAAAUACAAUUUGACAAUUUAUAA